CUGGCUGUCAUUUUACUGUUUUCAGCUCUUGUAGGUAACACCUUGGAAGAUGAUAUUACUGCCAGCAGUGCUGAAGUGUUUUCAUCAGAGGGCCGUAGUGUUACUCUGUCCUGUAACUAUUCAGUUAAAGCUGAUAAUCUCCAGUGGUAUCGACAAGAUCCUGGAUCAGCUCCUCAGUUCCUUCUCCUGAUCACUGAUACAACAUCUCCUACUGUGGUGAAUGCAACACCUCCACACCCUCGACUGACUGUUGAACUGAAGACAAAGCGAGUUGAUCUGCAGAUCUCCUCUGCUGCAGUGUCUGACUCUGCUGUGUACCCUGAGAAGGUGAUCAGCUACCUUUCUGCAACUCCAGUUAUAAAUGUAACCAGUCUGUUAACCAGGAGGAAGACUGCUGGCACUGAUUAUUUCUUCUGGUAUCGACAAUAUCCAGGAAAACCACCAGAGUUUCUCAUCUCUCACUCAGGAACAGGAAGUCUGAUAUCAGAUCCAGUACCUAGACUGUCUUUUAAUGUGAGUGCAGAUAAAACCCAAAUGGAUCUGCAGAUCUCCUCUGCUGCAGUGACAGACUCUGCUCUGUACUACUGUGCUGUGAGGCCCACAGUGACAGCAAAGGGCCACAUUAUCAAGUAG